UUUGACCGAGUAAAAAAAGAAGUACCCAAUUUCCGUAAAAAAAUCGUACCGAUUAUAGGCAAUCUCGUCUUAGAAGACUUUGGAUUGUCAGAAAGUGACAAUAACACUCUGAUAAAUCAGGUAUCCAUAAUUUUUCACUUAGCAGCAAACGUACGGUUCAAUGAGAACAUCAAAAGUGCUACGAUAAUAAAUGUUAAUGCUACCGCUACCAUCUUAAAACUUGCAAAGCACAUGCCAAAUUUAAAAUCGUUUAUUCACGUGUCAACAGCUUAUGCGAACUGUCAUGUUGAACAUAUUGAAGAGCGAUUCUACUCGUAUCCCAUUAAUCACAAAGAUCUUAUUAUGUUCACACGUUACUUAAACGAAAACGUAAUUGAGGAAAAAAUAUCUAGAAUCAUUUCACGAUGGCCGAAUACAUAUACAUUCACAAAAGCGAUUGCGGAAGACCUUCUUAGAGACGAGAGCGGAGACUUGCCAGUAGGAAUAUUUCGACCUGCAAUAGUUUUAUCUAGCGCCAAUGAACCUUUUGUCGGAUGGAUGGAGAAUAUGUUUGGGCCACUAGGCCUUAUAGUACCUUCGCUACUUGGAAUCACAAGAUUUUAUCAUUAUAAUCCCGAUUUCAGAGCAGAUAUAGUGCCCGUUGAUUUUACAGUAAAUGCAUUAAUCGCUAGCUCAUGGGAAGUCUUUAAUCAAUUCAGGAGAGGCAAGGAUACAUUAAUUUAUAAUUUUGUGUCACCAGUUGAUGGACCUACGUGGCAUAAAUAUGCUUAUACACUUUUUGACAUAAAUAAGAUGUAUCCUCUACAUGAUGCCAUAUAUUUCCCUUUAGCAUUUUACUUUCAACGUAAAAUACCGUACAGAAUUUGCGUUUGGCUCGGUCAUUUCCUUCCGGCUUUACUUAUAGACGCUAUAAACAUAUGUAUGAAUCGUAACCCAAGAAUGUGGAAGUUAUGUAAGAAGGUCGACAAAUUUUCCAACGCGAUCCAACCUUUUUGCAACAAUGAAUGGAAUUUUUCCACUGACAAUGUUCAAGCGAUGUGGAGUCAUCUCAGUGAAGAUGAUCAGCAAUUAUUUAAUUUCAGCAUGGUUGGAUUUGACUGGACAAAAUAUUUAAUUGAUCAUUAUAUGGGUUUACGACUUCAUUUAUUAAAUGAAGAUGACAGUAGUUUACAAAUCAGUCGUAUCAAAUAUAGGAGAUUUUAUUGGAUUCAUCAAACGUUAAAAAUUAUUUUUACUUUUGCCGUCUUUUGGAUUGUCUGGAUC